CACAUUUUGUUUCUUGGGUUUGCUGUUGGUGGGUUCUGUCCUGGGAGCUCCAAGUGAACCCAUGGCACCUGCUAAUGUCCCAACAGCUGAUAAACCACCAACAGUUGAUAAGUCACCAGCUGAUAUGUCGUCUGCUUCUGCUCCUCAACCAGACACAGCUGAUCCUGAUGUUGCCAUCAGGGAUGUUGAAGAUUCUCUGAAGAAGUUGAGAAUAAAACUGAAUGAUGCUGUGUCAGCCAUAGUAGCACCAGCUGCUAAUACAGCUGGUCAGUUCAAAGCUGCAGAAGCUUCAGUUGGGCUGAAUAUCCCUGAAAUAAGCAUCAAACCUGUUGAAGUCACAGCAAACAAGAAGUAUGCUGAGAUAAUUGGACAGUUUAUUGCUGAUCUAAUACAGAUCCCUAUUGUUCUUCUUCAUGCGUUUGGAGAGGCUGUUGCUGGGUUGACAGGCUCAAAGCAGCCACAACUUAUCUACCCAGGUCAGGCCAUGUCUUCUGUGUCUGUCGCUGUACCUCCAGCAGCUCCAUACAAGGUGGACAAACCCUAAGUCAUCAGGAGUGUCCAUGUAGCAUUAAAAUUUGUUUACCUCUGAUAUUAUUUUUGUA